GGCUUUCGCCCAGCAGCAAAAUUUCCUCAGCUGGCCCCUUUGCCUCGCAGUUUAAAUCGCGCUAAUAGCCUUGAGCUAGCGAUUUCUCUUCUCCCGGCUCGUCGGCUGCAUUGCCUUUGCCUGUGAGGAAUCCUUCGGAUCGCUGAGACAGUGAGUCAACCGUUUAUUUUGGCGUGAAUUUGGCGGUGGCCAUUUUGAAUUUCGUUCCUGCUCCUCCUGAGGUUCCCCCCACGCCCGCAGCCCCGGCCCAGGCACCAGAAGCCUUGGAGGCUAUGCUAACAGGGGUCAUCAGAGAUGGAUUUGCUCAGUGUCUGCAACAGGUGGGAUUGCCGGUAGUUCCUCCAGCCUCCGUUCAGAUCCACCAGGGCAGCGUCGAUGACAGAUCUCUCGACCUGGAACCUGAUGAGUAUACCUAUUCUGGGGAAUUAGCCACAGCCACGGCCUUCCCUAUUCUGGGAAGAUGCCCCAGAUGCUGCCCUUUCAGAUGAUGAGGGCCUAAUUCCGGACCAGUCUCCAUUUAUUGGGCUCUUUAACCCACAAAUGUUCCGGUCCUUGCUGUUCAAGGCCAUUGCCACCACAUGCCUGGGAGAGCUCCCUUCUACUUCCGCCACUCCUGCACCACCAGAUCCUGCUUCUGCUCUCUUUGCGGAACUUACUGUGGCUCCCGAAACGGUUCCCACCCCGAAGCUUUUCCUCAAUGUCCUCCACCGACAGUGGUCUCUUCCGGGCGCGGGCCCCAGCCCCAACAAUUUAGACAAAUGUCUUUACAACUCGGCUCAAGCUUUGGCCGACCUCCUACAGCCUCCUACGGUGGAUCCUCCCAUCAUCGCCUUGACGAAUCCGGUGCAUCCCACUGGACCACCCGAGGAUUCCCUCUGCCCGGAGGACAAGAGAGCAGAGAAGACGCUCCUCAAAGGACACCUUGCGGCUGCUUGGUCCAUCCGUGUCUCAUCUUCGGCAUCCUUUUUCAACCGGGCGGCCCUUCUCUGGCUGAAGCAAUUGCAAGAUCGCUUGCCCCGCUCCGAUCUCAGAGCUCAUCAAGACCUCAAUAAGAUAGCCGCCGCCUUGGAGUAUUCAGCGGAUGCCACGCUCAACGCUACGAGAUUUGCAGCCAGGGCCCUUGGCUCUUCCAUCACGUCCCGCCGCCUUCUCUGGCUCCAAAACUGGCAGGCAGACAUCCGCAGUAAGUGGCAGCUUGCCUCAGCCCCGUAUACGGUUGGCUCCCUCUUCGGACCCCCACUGGAACGUCUCCUGGUCGAAACCCGGGACAAGCGCAAGAUCCUCCCUUCUCAACUUCAAAGGUCAAUUUCACGCUACUCUCCGUAUCCACGGUCCCAGCCCUUUCGUGCACCGGACUCCAACUCGUUUCAGCCACGCUUCCACCGUCCCGCCCCUCCUCGAAGCCAGCAUCUUGACUCCCAGAUUGCACUGCAGGGAGCUGCAGUGGCUCCUCCUCCUGUACCAGCGCGCUGGCAGGAGCAACUCUCUGGCCCGCAUCCAUCUCCCUCCUUUAGUACGGUCGUCCCUCCGAUGGUGGUCCUCAGAGGCAGUCUCCAAGGGGAGCAAUUACACAGAACCAUCUCGACUGGUCCUCACGACGGACGCCAGCUUGACCGGCUGGGGGGCUCACCUGCUCCAUCACAUGGCCCACGGUCAGUGGACCGCCCGGGACCGACAGCACAACAUCAACUACCUGGAAUUGCGGGCCGUGCGCCUAGCCCUCCUCUCCUUUCGAUCUCUAGUAGAGGGCCAGGACAUUCUUGUCCUUACCAACAACAUAACAACCAAAGCGCACAUAAACAAGAUGGGGGGCACUCAUUCCAAGGCUCGGCUUUCGGAGACCAUUCUGCUGGGCCGCUGGGCCGAAUCCCACCUGUCGUCCAUCCGGGCGGAACACAUCUCCGGGACGGCAAAUCUACAAUUGGACGCCCUCAGCCGCUCGCCCGUGGAUCACGGGGAAUGGAGCCUUUCUCCAUCCCUCUUCCAGAAGAUUGUCCGUCGAUACGGGAUGCCGGUUGUCGACCUGUUCGCCUCGGUAACCAAUCACCUCCUUCCCCGGUACUUCUCACAGUUCCCGGACCCUCAGGCAGAGGAUUCCGACGCCCUCUGCUGCCCGUGGCCUCCCGGUCUUCUAUACGCAUUCCCCCCCUUCCCCUCAUCCCUCGUGUACUCAGGAAGAUGUUGGCGGAGAAGGCGGACCUACUCCUCAUCGCCCCGCACUGGCCACGUCGCCCUUGAUACGCGGACCUGCUGUCCCUCUCUGUAGCACCUCACUGGCGCAUACCGGACUCCUUAGUGACAUUGACCCAGGGCCGUCUCACUUAUCCGGACCCCAAGUGGCUUCACUUGACCGUGUGGAGGUUGAGCAGCGCCUCCUAACAGCUCACCUCGUCCCUCCUCCGGUGGUUUCCAUGAUGCAGGCCGCUCGCCGCCCAUCUACAACCAGAAUCUAUGGGGCUACCUGGCGCUCUUUCGUUUCCUGGUGUAACCGCUCUGCAGUCGAUCCUCUCUUGGCUUCCAUUCUCCAUGUCCUUACCUUCCUCCAAGCUGGCUUCGAAGCAGGAUUAGCUCCUAACACUCUCCGUCGUCAAGUGGCAGCUCUGGCCUCCAUCCUUUCGUGCGGUUCUCCGGACUCCUUCUCCCAUCACCCCUUCAUCCGCAUUUUCCUCCGCGGAGCUACCAACCUCCGCCCUCCUCCUGUGCAUCGUUUCCCUACUUGGGAUUUGAACAAAGUUCUCACGGCACUCGUCUCGUCUCCCUUCGAGCCGCUUCGUCAAGUUUCUCUCCGUUUCCUAUCAUUUAAAGUUUCGUUCCUCGUCACUAUUACUUCGGCGCACAGGAUAUCGGAGCUAGCUGCCCUGUCCACCCGCAGUGACCUUUGUAUCUUUCACAAGGACAGGGUGGUCCUGCGCCUCGACCCAGCCUUUUUGCCCAAACUUAACACAUUCUUCCAUAGGGUACAAGAGAUUGUGCUCCCAAAUUUUUUCCCUCAUCCCACGCAUCGUCUGGAGCAUUCGUGGCAUCGACUGGAUGUCCGCAGGGCUCUGCGGAUCUACCUGGACUGGACUGCUCCCUUUCGCAAAACAGAAGCGUUGUUCGUUUCCUUUCAACCCCAUACUGUGGGGGCCCGCGUCUCUAGUACUACCUUGGGACGAUGGAUCAGGGCUACUAUCGCCUUGGCCUACCAACAAUUGAAACUGCCCGUCCCGCGAAACAUCACGGCCCAUUCAACCAGGAGCGCAGCGACUUCCGCCGCUUGGUCCACUCAAGCACCCCUGGAAGAGGUCUGCAGGGUGGCCACGUGGACUUCUAUUUCUCCAUUCAUCCGCCACUACCGCGUGGACUCCUUCACAUCUGCGGAUGCUGCCUUUGGUCGCCGAGUGCUGCAGUCCAUUCUUCCCCCCUGAGGUAUCGGGCCGGUUGUUCCCACCCUGGUGGACAUGCAGCUUUGGUAUGUCCCCAGUCUGACUGCCUUCUCUUCCUCCGGAGAAUGGACGUUGGUCUUACCUGAUACGUCCGUUCUCGUUCAGGAAGGGAAGUCAGUCAGCCCCACCCUUGGGUCCGGCCCUCUUGGUCGGUUGGGGGAGGGUGCUUUUAAUUCUUUCUCAUUCCAGGAAGACACGUCAGUCUACGCCUACGCCCUCGCCGAAACACUGGGCCUUGAGGGCGGAGUUAUUCUGAUUGGCAAGACUCGAUCAAUGCUGCAUAGAGGAAGUCCUUCCCAGUCUGACUGACUUCCCUUCCUGAACGAGAACGGACGUAUCAGUAGGUUGAACAGCCCGCUGUCAACAGAUGAGGAAGGAUACAACAUCAUCUAUCUUCAGUCUACAACACAGUCUUUUCAAGAGUUCCAAGGAGGCUCUGCACCCAUUUACACUAAUCAGGUGACCCUGAUGACACAGAUAAACCUCCAAGUGGCCUCAACAACUCUCUGAAAGAAUGCAAAGGAGUAUAAAUCCUUUCAUUCCCCACCAUCCAGUAAGAGCUGAAGAAGCUUCUUGGAUGAGAAGUGAAACAUCUUCAGAGAAAAACAAGAAAGUCCAGUUGCCCCUUGAAAAAGCACCUUUGGGACAACUAUGACCUGGAUGCGUGAGAAUCUCCAUAGACAUAUGGGAAGUGAACUUUUUUCCUGGUGAACUUCUUUCUAGAAAAAUUAGAAUAGCUAUCAUUUUGUUCAACACACACACAUACAGUAUAUAUGUAUACAUAUAUGUGUGUGCGUAUGUGUGUGUAUGUGUGUAUCUCCCCUGUAAGAAUCUUUUGCAAAAACUAAGAUGUUUUAUUCAAGUUAUUAAAUUUUUGUUUUUUUUAUUUAUUGUUAUAAUCUCAAAUAAUUUUUAAAUGAUGUAUCAUUGGUAUAUGUCAUCCCAAAAAUUGUCUAGAAUGUCUAAAGACACCUCAAAUUUAUGGUGACAUUUUAUCACGUUUGGCUGACAUGUAAAAAAUCCAGAAAAUUCUGUAUUCAAAUGCAUAAACUGAUUCAGAGGAUUUAAAAGAUUAUUAGACUGCAGUUUUUUCUUUGGGGAUUGUUGUACAAACAGUUGGGGAAAAGUUAUGGUACUUUUUUUUCCCCUGUACCUGAUAAUUGCAGCAAGAUUAUUGGAUACACGAAAUGAAAAGAUAUGGCCCACAAUGGAGGAAUGGUUGGUGAAGAUGACGGAACUUGCUGAAUUUGCUAAAUUGAUUUCUUUGAAUAGAGAAAAGACAAAAUCUAUGUUUAUUAUCGACUGAAUACUCCUUAUGGACUUUUUACAUAAAACAGAAAAAAAUGAACUAAUGAUUUAUGGUUUUGAUGAUUAGACAGGAUAGAUUCUAUAAACAGGACAGUUGUGUUGUAGCUAUAGCGUAAGAAGUACAUUUAUAAUUGUACUUAUAAGUGCUGCAAAAAGACUAGAAGUUAUUUUUUUAUACCUUUUUCCUUUUUUCUAUUUUUGUUUUCCUUUUUUUCUUUCUUGCAGUUUUAGCUUCUCCUUGAGUUCUUUCUUUUUAAUUUAGCUUCUUUUUUAUUUUUCCUCACUUUAUAUUAAUUUGUAUUUGGUUAUAUUGAUUGUGUGUGUGUGUGUGUGCGUGUGCUUUCUGUUAUAUAUUUUAAAUUUUAUCAGUUUGAAAUAAAAAAUACAACAGAAUAAAAUGAAAUUUACAGGAGGAAGAAUCAUAGAAUGCUAGUAUAAUCAUUAAAACUAGAGCUAUGAUUCUUUGAAUUAAUUCCUAAAAUAUUCUGCAUGAAGGUCAGCAAAAGCAAACAUAUUUUGAGGCACUAUGCAAGUUUUUGUGAUGAAG